CUUAAGCAUUCGUUGGAAGUGAAUUCUAUCGAAAUGAGUAUAAUUAUUAGUUAACCGUAUGGAAAAAAGUGAACAAUUCAAUGACGUUUUCUAGGUUCCGGGAAUAAUGAUUGUUAAAUAAAACGUUUUUUUAUACUAAAUGUUGCACAGAAAUUCUGAAGAUAUCUGCAUUUAAUGUUCUUAUUAAAGUUAUCUCGUGUAUAGCACACACAAAAACGGUCGCAAUAAAAAAAGUUUGGCUGACCUACUAACGCUAUUCUUUAUGUGUAAAUGGAAAAAAAACUAUUUUUUGCGCUUUAGUAGGUCUGGUAAUCUGAAACAAACAUUUUAAAUUGCGCCUCAACAAACGCUUGUGCAAAUAACGCAGCGACGCAGGAAGAGUAAUUAAGAGCAGAGAUCCAUAGUGCACCAUGGCUGCAAGAGGCAGAAGACCAAUCCAACCCAAAGCAGGUUUUGGAGUCAAACAAGAAGCCAGUGAUGGUGUGCAUGCAAGUAUCCUAAAACAAGCAAGAAAAUCCGGACAGCUGAACAUCUCUGGUCGCAGUUUAACAUCAGUUCCAGAUACAGUGUGGAGAAUCAACAUUGACACACCUGAGGAAGGUAAGACAGUGUCCAUGGACGACCCUGACGACAGAUGGUGGGAGCAAACAGACCUCACCAAACUAAUACUGGCCUCCAACUGGCUGACAGAACUGUCAGAAGACAUCAGUAACCUACCAGCUCUCACUGUUCUAGAUGUUCAUGACAACAGGCUGGAGAAGAUUCCUCAGGCAUUGGGGACUCUACAAAACCUUCAAAGACUUGAUGUGAGCCGAAACAAAUUGACCGAGAUUCCCAUCUGUGUGGCCAAGAUACAGAGCUUAAAGAGCCUUCAUGUGGAGCACAAUCAGCUGACCUCCAUACCGGAGGACAUUGGCACUCUCAUGUUCCUGGAAGAACUGGAGGUUUCCAACAAUCAGCUUACCGCUCUGCCUGCCAGUAUUGGAUACCUGAGCAAGAUAGUGAAACUGAAUGUCUCCAACAACAAACUCAGAUCCAUACCAGCUCAACUUGGGUCCAUGAAUGCUCUAAAACAAUUUGAUGCAACACACAACGAGCUGACAGAGCUUCCCACAGAGUUUGGCUCAAUACAGAGCUUGGAACAGCUCUACCUGAGACAUAACAGGCUGUUACAUUUACCAGUCUUGAAAAAUUGUGUUAACUUAAAGGAGUUACACCUUGGCAACAACCAGAUCUCUGAGAUCACUGCGGCCCAUGUCGCCCACCUGCCUGCUAUAUCCAUCCUGGACCUGCGAGACAACAAGCUCUCAGCCCUGCCAGAGGAAAUGGGCAACCUAGAAUCAUUGGAGAGGCUGGACGUCACUAAUAAUGACCUCACUGGACUGCCAUUCCGGUUGGGGGCUAUAACUUCUUUGAAAUCCAUUGUAGUGGAUGGUAACCCUAUGAAGUCAAUCAGGCGAGACAUAGUCAUGCGAGGUACACAAGAGGUGAAGAAGUACCUACGAAGUCGCAUAGAGGAGCCUGUCACCAUUAGUAACGGGACGUCUAAUGGGGUUCAGUCUAGUAAAGGUCAAUCAGGGGUAAUAGGAGGUUCCGGAGAAGGGGUCAAUGCUCAUGAUGUCAAACAGUUCAAGUUAUUAGACUACAGCAAUAAACAGUGUAAACUUAUUCCGGAGGAUGUGCUGAAAGUGGCUGCCCAAGGGGAGGUCACUUCUGUGAAUCUCAGCAAGAACUGCUUCACUGAACUUCCUGAAGGGAUCAUGUUGGUGUCAGACCACCUGAAGGAGUUAAAUCUGGGCUUCAAUAGGCUGCCCAAACUGCAUCCAGACAUUGGUCUCUACUUCAGGCUUACAUUUCUGGACUUAAGGAACAACCUGCUGACAGAUUUGCCAAGUGACAUGUCAUCUUUAAAGGAGUUAAGAGAAAUAAUACUGUCUUUCAACAGGUUUACAAAGUUGCCCAGUGUUGUCUAUUUGCUGCCCAAGCUGGAAAUCCUCUUUGCCAAUGACAACAAGCUGGGGUCCAUAGAAGCAGACGGCAUUCAUCGCCUUAGUUGCCUAGCAACCCUGGAUCUACAGAACAACAGCAUCGGCCAGGUGCCCCCGGAGCUCGGUAACUGUACACACAUCAAGUCCUUACAAUUAAGUGGCAAUCUCUUCCGUAUACCAAGUCCGGCCAUUCUUGCUAAGGGAACAAAUGCCAUACUGGAGCAUUUAAGAAGUAGAAUCGCCGCCUAGCAUUGAUCUUUACCUAGAAAGUAUGAUGCUCAAUAUAAAUUUCUACCAUUACGAGGCACUUGAUAUGGAAAUGACAUGUAUUCUUGAAACCAAGAACUAAACAAGAAAAAUAUACGUUAUUGGGGAACUUUUGAAGUCGAAUCGAUGCAGAGCAUGGAAUCUUGUGGUCAUGUGCAUAACAUCUGAAAUUGAAAAUUAAUGUAUAUUCUGACUACCGGUAUAUAAUAUAUACUCCAUAAUGUUUGUUUUUUCUCUUGCUUCAGUCUUGAAUACAGAAAGUACAUUGACACAUAAAAUAAACUGCAAAAGUGUUCCUUUUGACUGCACCAAUAGUGCCAGUACAGUGAAAAAGUGUGUGGAGUUUAAACAUUUGGAAAAUAUAAUAUAUUUAAUUAUUGUGUCAGUUCCUUUGCAUGCAUUCAUAAUAUUGCUGCAUGUAGCUAUUACAAUUAAGCCAGGCUGUGGGAAACCCUGUUUCAAUAUGUGUGCUUAAAGGUUGUCCCAGAUUAGCCAGUGCAGUCCACACAGGCUUAUCAGGGAUUACACUUUCCUUUUUUAUGGAAUUUUUCCGUAGGCCAAAAGUGUAUUCUCUUACUGCACAAGCUUAUGUUGGACACUCCUUACACAUAUGCAUUUAGGAAUUUAUCCCCAGAGCGUUGUUCAAUUAUAUUACAUGGAUUCAUUUCCCUCGAAGCAUAAAGGGUGUAAACAGUAUAUGGAACCAUGAUUAUUUCUGUAAAAUAUUUAAUAUAAAGUGUUGUGAAUAAAGGUUUACUAGGAAAUCAUUUUCUUAUUAUAUUGGGUUACUUAAGCUCAAUUGGUCGUUGUUGGCUCAGGUGCUACUUACAUGUACGUUUAAGUAUAUUUACCAUAUCCGGGGCACAUGUUAGUAUACUUAAGAGUACCUGUGGUACAUGUAAGUAGAACCCGAGCUGACAAUGACCAAUCGAGCCUUAAUUUAUCAACUUAUUUGUUUAGUUGAGACUGCAUACUGCUGAAUUAACAUAUGAAAGAGAGUAAAUGAUAUUAUGUAAUUAUUUCCAUAAGGUCCCUGCAGUAUCAUUAAACAUUAACUUGAAUUACUUACUUGUCAAAGUUAUGAUAUGUUGUAUACAUUGUAUGCUUAUGUCUUUGUGUUACAUUUUCUGCUCGUUUAUAAUAUAUUAUUAAUUAACAUAUCUCUGUCACCACCAGUGAAUGAUUAUUGAACAAUGGUAUUUUGGGCUGGAGGCCUUGCAUUACAAUAAACCAUAUGUUAUGUUAUGUUUUGGUUUCAAUAUGCAGUUGUAAUAUGUUUAAUUUAGUUUCUAUAUGUAAAUGAGCUGCUUGUAUUAGUUGACAGUUGGAAACUGAUUAAUUCUGCUGUUUAGCAGCUAUGUUGUUCGAAUCCACUGAUUUAAUUAUUGUUAUUUUAUUUUACACAUGUGUUCUGUUUGUACUGGUUAUGUGAUUUUCUAUUUACCGGUUUAUAUUUUUUAUAAAUCAUUAUGAAAUGUCACUGUGUUCAAAGUUUUAGAGUUUGCAUAAUAAAGUUGUUCUUGCACGAACACAGUCUUCUGAUUUUGUGAUGAAAUAUGAGUUUGUAUUCUAGGAUAAAACAGGCUGCACAUUUUUA